GCAAGCACGAGCAAAGAAACGGUGCUCCUGCCGGUGCUCCUGCCGGUGCUCCGUGGUCACACUACAUGAAACAUCACGUGAUUCUUUGAAUACUACACAAUCUAACACCCCAAGUUUUCAAAUUUUAGCAAGUCCCAUAAUCUUGAAACCAUCGUCAUCAGGACAAAAAUAUAUAUACACACUACCUUAGAUUCACAUAAUAUUUUCUUCAAAAAAUCUUACUUGUAAUACUAAGAAAUAAUUACACCUAAUCAUCUGAUAAUAGAUUCUUGAGAGGUCCGAACUCCUUUAAGGAAGCCAAAGAAAACAAUACUUCCUCUGUCCAAUUUAAUUGUAUACGUUUUAUUUCAACUGCUCGACACGCAUUUCAAUGCUCUUAUAAAACAUAGUUCUGUAACUUAUUUUUGAGAUUUUCUUUUUCUAAAGAAAAAUAUAACAUCCAAACUUUAAUUCAAAAAAAAGAAAAUUUAAAAAAUAAAUUGCACAACUAUAUUUUACAAGAGCAUUAAAGUCUGUGCCGCGUCCCCGUCCCCCAAUGUAUACAACUCAGGGGGACGGAGGGAGUAAUAGUAAAUCUACAGUUAAGAAUUGAAUGCUAAGACACAGUUGUCCUCAUCUUGUUUUUCUAACAUCAUCAUUUUAGCUUACUAUAAAUUUUUAUUCUAUAUACGGAGCACUGAUAUAUUACUAGCUUAGAUUCACUUUCAUUCAAAUUACAAAUUGCUCACUCACAUUGUUUAGUUUUGAUCUCAUAUGAUCCAUUGCUGGUUAAUUAGUUCAGUUGCUGCAUUAGCAAUCUAAUUCAACAAAUGAGCAACAUUGUGACAUCUGGUGGUAAUGUUGCUGCAAAACAUAGUGCACAGAAUGAGGGAGGAGGAGAUGGAUUGAAGACUUUAGAGUGUUUAAGAGGGAGAUUGCUUUCGGAAAGAGUAGCUUCGAAAGCUGCAAAUGUGGAGGCGGAGAAUUUAGGCAAUAAGUUGGUAGAAUUGGAAGAGAAGUUGAAGGAAGAGACGAAAGGGAGGAACAGAGCUCAGAAAAGGCUGAAAUCACUAAUAAAGAAACUCGAGUCCUUGAAGAUAGUAUAUAUAGUUUCAGAUGAAUCCUCAUCACACUCAACCUCCUUUGGGGGAAGUGAAUUAAGUGUUUCAUCGUCAUCGUCAUCGUCAUUGUCAUUGUCAUCGUCCUCAGCCUCAUCGUUUUCAUACCCUAAUAGGAAACCAGAUGUUAAUGACAUGAAGAAGCCCAACUCCCCAUUCAGAAAGUCUUUAAAGUGUGAGCUUGAAGAGCCAGUUAUGAAAUAUGGGUCUACAGUGGCAGAAACUCUGGAUCAUUCUGAUAUUGAUAAUGCAUCUACUGAAAACCCUAGUCUUUUAUCAAAUGACAAGAUCAGUACUGAUAAAACCGUCAGUGAUAACUCUUGUGAUGAAUUACUAUGUACCCAAUUGAGCGAUAAUAUAAAGCGUGAUGAUCAUAGGUCAAAAUAUUUGGUUGAGGACAGGGAGACAGAUCGAAAAAGCCAUCAAGAUAGGGACGAAACUAAUGAUGAUGAUUCAAUGGCACUGGUUCCAGUAAAUAUUCCGGCAACACAAAGUACUAGUACUCUUAUUCAACCACUUAUAGCUGAAAAUGCUAGAGUCGAAGAUGUUCUUGAUACAUUAAGAUAUGUGAAGGAAGAAAUUCGGAGCUCAAUGGAGAGAAGACGUGUGAGGAGAGUCGGCCUUUGUAGAAGUGAAUGAGCAAGAAAAGUUCAUUUUAAUCAAUAUAAAGCUUAGUUGAUAAUUUUCUAAGUAUUACAUAAUAGCAGAAUCUUUU